AUGAGGCGCGGGGCACCCGCCGCCCUCGCCGCCUGCCUCGCUGGGGCACUCGCCGUGCUGGCGGGGCCGGCGUCGGGGCCGGGGCCGGGGUCGGGGCCGGGGUCGGGCAGCGCCGCCUGGGGCGGUCGGCGGCCCCCCCGCAGCUACGGUCACCUGGAGGGUGACGUGCGCUGGCGAAGGCUGUUUUCAGCCACCCGUUUUUUCCUCCUCAUCGACAGCGGCGGCGGCGUGGAGGGGACGCGCUGGAGGGAGCGGCCGGGCAGCAUCGUGGAGAUCCGGUCGGUGCGUGUGGGCGUCGUGGCCAUCCGGGCGGUGCACAGCGGCUUCUACCUGGCCAUGAACAAGCAGGGGAGGCUCUACGGCUCGAAGGAGUUCAACCCCAGCUGCCAGUUCAGGGAGCGCAUCGAGGAGAACGGCUACAACACGUACUCGGCGCUGCGCUGGCGGCACCGCGGCCGCCCCAUGUUCCUGGCGCUCAGCAGCAGGGGGAGACCGCGGCGAGGGGCCAAGACACGGCGGCAGCACCUCUCCACCCAUUUCUUGCCCAUCCUGGUCAGCUGA